AUGGAUUCAACUCUGUCAUGCCUUCUUACUCCUGCUAUGCCGUCGAUGCGCCUGCGACAAAACGGGGCCAGAAUUAGCAGGCCAGGGUGUGCUUCCAGGUCAUUGUACUGCAAAGGUGCAGAGACGAGGAGAAGAAAUGGCGGUAGACUACGUGUAAAGGCUCUGUUCGGCGAUGGAGGAGACGGGUUCCGGGCGAUGAUGAGGAUCGUGAAGCUCAACUCUGCCAUCCAGAACCGGAGCGUCAGGGAGCUGCUGGAGCUGAUCACCGAGGAGUGCCAGUAUUUCUUCCGCAACCUUCCACCCGUCAGUGUUUCGCAGAUAAGCAAGAACAUGUUCCUGCUUCUACAUGAGAUGAUGCUCCGGCACCAGGUCUCGUUCGUGCUCAAGCCCACGGAGAACGGAGGCUUUGACCUGGGCAUAAAAUGGUCUCUAGAAUGGAAGGGCGAGAAGCUGCCUUGGGACGUAGACUGCACUGUAUCCACGACCCACGUCUACACAGGCCUAGUGCUCAUCAGCCAAGUCAAUAAAGCCUGCGCGCCACUCCUACAGAGGAUUCUUCAGAUGAUUUACCAGAAUUUGGAUGCCGUAAUUUUGAUUGUGGCAAACAAGUUUCUACCGGAAGGCACGGUGGAAGAUAAGGAGAGAAGCAACAUAAUUGUAUGUGCCAUCAUUGGCCUGGUGGUCAUGGUCCUCUUCUACGCCAUGUUUAACAACUUACACAACCUACCAGAUGUGACCCUUCCCCAGAGGUCAAACCAGACAAAUGCACAACUACCAUUCCUUUUGAUUGCUACUGUGAAGCGAUUAGCCUACAGCCCUUCAGGUAAGUACAUCAGUCUGUUGGAUCCAAAAGAUGCAAUUAGUAACUUCAGCAAGUUUCUGUAG